CCAGACGUGGAUGAGUGCCAGCUCUUCCAGUCCAGCCCUCAGACCCGGCUUUGCCUCCACGACUGCCUCAACCUCCCUGGCUCCUACCGCUGCCUCUGCCCCCCCGGCUACCUGCUCCAUGCCGACCGCACCACCUGCGAGGGUAAGAGCGGUGAGCGCAGGGCAGGGAGCAUCCCGUGGGACCUGGGGCAGCACAACUGCACCCGGGGCGACUUCUGCAUCAACACCUUCGGGGGCCACCGCUGCGUGCGCCCCAAGUGCCCCCCACCACGCCACAAUGUCAGCUAUGUCAAGACCUCUGCCUUGGGAUGCGAGAGGAACCCCUGCCCCGCAGAGAGCCGAGCCUGCCACCUGGCCGCCGCCUCCAUCUCCUUCCACUACCUGCCACUCCAAGCCAACCGCACUGUGCCCCGCGUCCUCUUCAAGAUGUCCACCACCCACUUCGUGGGCGACAGCCUGCGCUUCGCCAUCGUGGGCGGCCGGGGCCAAGGAGUCUUCUCCGUGCGACGCUCUGACCGGCAGACGGGAGAGCUGGUGGAGCUGGAGAUGAGCGAGUUCUCGCGCAAGGUCCUCCUGGGCAAACACAUCUUCAAGGUCACAGCCUUUGUGUCCCCGUACGAGUUUUGA